GAGUGAGUACAAACGUUCGCGUCCUGUGACGAAAUACGAAAGGAAAGAGAGGAUCUACAAGAGGAAUGAAAGACGAGGAGAGAAUCUUAGUUAGAGAGGUCUUUAGCCCUCAGUUUGAAAAUCAAGAUAUCAGAUGACUCCCACGGUGAAAACGAGUAAUGAAAAGUCCUAAGAGUACCAGAGUCUUUAGUCUUGUGACCCGCAGCAAAAUGGUGAGGUAUCCAAAAAUCAGGAUACUUAAAUAGCUUCAAUGAAAACCUGAACGAUGUAAAGGAAUAAACAGCAGUAUUAAGAAGGAUUUUCCAUCGUAGUAGAGCUGAAUAAAGCACGGUUGAUUCAAUAAAAUGGACCCCUAGCAAGCUCAAACGCAAUCGUGAUGGAUUGGAAGGAGCGACUACGGAAGGUAAACCUGCGGAGGAAAGGUGUGCUAGAGAAAGACGAGCACGAACCUCAUGCAGGCAGAAGAGUCAGGCCGAAAGCGGUAGCUUCUCGUGCGAGAACAGAAAUCCGAGAUGAUGCAAGUGACUCCGUGCAGCGAAGCACGGACAAAGUCAUAGCGCCGGCGGCAGUGGCUGGACCGAAGGAUGGAAAAGUCGAAGAAGUAUCUGAAGAGGUAGCUGAGCCAAAAGGG